ACCACUCUGGCCUUUUGGCUUAGAUCAAGUGUAGUAUCUGUUCUUAAUAGUUUAACCACUAUUAGAGGGACACAGUCCCUUCUAUUUGGUUAUCUAAUUUUUGCCGCCCUUGUUUUUCUGCUCUGCUUGCAACAGUAGGACGCGAUGACCUUGCCGCUGCACUACUGGCUUGUGUCGUCGGGGGUCCACUUUUUUUUUUUGCAUCCUCCGGUGGGUUAACCCUAACCCUAGUCGAUGGGUUACACAGCUUUUAGGCAGAUUAAGGGUCAAAUCUCGGAGGUCGCAGAAACCAACUUCACUUUUUGGACCUUAUGAGCUUCUGGAUGGGUGUCUAGUGGUACAUAUGUGCUCUAAAACACCAUAUGCAACAGUCAAAAGCCAUGCCCAGCCCACAGUAGGUAGUUGUAGCCUGAAGCACUGCCACUUCCUUAUUGGGAUGUCACGUGAUGGGGUCAAAUUUUGGACCCGAAAAAUGGAAAAUGCUGCAUUCGGUGCGAAAACACGUUAUACAACAAGAGGAACUU